AUGCCCUGGCGGCCUCUGCCUCGCAUUGCUUUUGCAGUUGCCAUUUAUCCCUUCCAACCUUCUUCGCCGGCCGAUCUCCCCCUCGAACUUGGAGAUGAAUUGUACAUAAUCGAACAAGGGGGUGUCAAUGGCUCGUGGUUUCGAGGCUACCUCGUUGCGCCCCCUUCGCUUUUGGCUGGAUUGACAAGCGUCAAAGGCCAAACGCUAGAAGCUCGAGUGUUUUCCGGUAUCUUUCCUAGGAAUUGUGUGGAGAUUCGGGAGUAUCUAGGAGAUGCGGAAGGUCGCAGGGCGCUGGACAGCGUAGAUGGUGCAUUGGCAAAUGGGAUCAACGGCCACCAAAAGGGGAUUCCCGAAGAUGUCGUCAAACAUCGGCAGGAGACCGCUGACAUACUUGAAGAUUUCGGGUACACCCAACGGUCAGCUUCGGCUGCGACCUACCGAUCUGGCUCUGUCCCGCUGACACCUUCCUCAGUCGUUGCGCGAAACCCCAAUGGCCCCAAGCCUGCUGCUCCAGUCCCGAUGUUAAAAAUUGGAGAUGAGACGCCGACAUCAUAUGAGGAACCUUUAGUCGAUGAGAUAGCCUCGUGUCUGCGGGAAUGGCAUUCAACAAAUCUCCACGAGCUACUCCUGACUCGUCAAUACGGUGUGGUGGAGACGAUGUACAACGUCGUUUUAGAUCUUGAUUUAGCCAGGCGGCAACUACUUCAUAAUGUACUCACUUCCAAGGAGAAGAGUGCUGUCCGGCAGACAACUGUGUGGAACUUGGUCCGCGGGAACAAGAUGCUCACGGGUGAGGUUAUUGUGCGAGAUCCAACACAAAACGGCCAGUUGCUUACGGGAGACGAUUCGGCAAUUGAAUUGACCAAACUUCAGUCAGAGAUGAGUAUGUUUGACGCAGAUCCUAGACAAACGGGAGAUUCAUCAGCACUUCGUCACCUCCUCCUCGAAAUCAAGACAAUUGCUGGUUCUCAUGCCGGUCCGGUCACUCUGUCUUUGUACUUAUCAACGAAAGCAGACAAUGGCACGUUGAAGCCCUUGUCCGAGACUUACAUAUUGGAGAUUCAGUCUGCAGACAGCUUUAUGGCUCUAGCUCAUACCAGCAAAUUGAAAACUUUGUUCACGGAGCUAUGUGCCGCAGACGUAGGCGACGGUGCUGGUGUGGAAGCUCAAUUGUAUCUCGUUGUCAUGGUACAAUCAGCAGAACUACCUCGUCCCUCCCUUCCAUAUACCGCGCGAACACCGAAUUCUCGGGACGGCAGCAUGAAUCGCAGUCCUUCCAACAUGCACAGCGUCAAGGGCAGCGUAAAGGGCCGUCGCAGCAUGGUCUGGACUGCUAAAUCGCCACGCCCCGGACAGCCAGAAACCAUCAGGGAAACUCCUCCGAGAAGUUCAGAUUCCACCACUAAUUCUCAAGUUGAAAAUACCACGAUUAAAGAUGCGACUGUCAUACGUACGGUGGGAGCAGGUAUAUUAGACGUUGCACAUAUCAUCCGACAAAACAUCGAUGCGGAGCAAGUAAUCACUAUUUGGUCACCGCUAGGUGACGACAGCGAGGAAAGUGGGACCGACUCUGAGGGCUUCGAUGAACUUCUUCGAAGCGUUUUACCGAGCUCGUCUGGUCGGUAUUCCAAGUGUUACCAAGCUUCCCAACUUCACCUUCACUUCUAUCCAUUCAUAAAUUCCGAUGCCGAUGCCCUCAUACGAAACAAUCCCACAUUGAUGCAUAACGUGACUCAAACAAGGAGGAUGGGUUUCGCAGCCGCUCCAGCUCAGGCAAGAUCAGACAUCUACUUGACCAUAUCUCGUGCCAGAUUUCCUUGGCCAGCUCUGCUCAAUCACCCUCAAACCGGACAAGUGUCUGUUCCUGUCAAUACCGGCUUCCGCAACCUUCAAUUAACCCUGGAGGUUCGUAAUGCCAACGGAUCUCGUUUGGAACGGUGUAUCUUUGCAUCCUCCAACAGUACAGGCCACACUGCUUGGAGAACAACUGUCACGGACAGAAAUGCUUCGUGGGACCAGACUAUUCGCCUAAAUAUACCAACGGAGCAGGUUCCAGGAGCUCACAUUGUCAUGAGUAUAGCCGAUGCACCGGAGUUCCCAUUUGCACUCUGCUGGCUACCUUUGUGGAAUCAGCAAGCUUUCAUACAUGACGGACCUCAUUCAUUGCUUCUUCAUGCUUAUGACAAGGUAACGUCGAGCGUAGAUGAGGAAGGAAGGGGAGCAUACCUUAACCUACCUUGGAGCUCAUUGCACAAGAAUUCUUCUGUCCCAGAUGAAUCUGUGACAGGCCCGCUAUCUACUGUUCACGUUGAGACAAAUCUCUGCAGUACCGAAUACUCUCAAGACCAGAUUAUAUUGGGUCUCAUCAAUUGGAAGAAGCAAACCGGAAAUGAGGUCUUGGAGCUACUUCGACGAGUUCUCUUCGUUCCGCAAAUCGAGAUUGUCAAACAGUUACGUGAUGUCUUUGAUGCCCUUUUUGGAAUUUUGGUCGAAAAUUCCGGAAGUGAGGAAUACGAGGAUCUGAUACUUAACGCCUUGGUCACGGUGUUGGGUAUUACUCACGAUCGACGGUAUAACCUUGGCCCACUCGUGGAUCAUUACACAGAAAAUCAGUUCAACUUUCCCUUUGCGACUCCAUGUCUGAUUCGAAGCUAUUUGCGACUUCUACAAUCUUAUGAUACCCCGCAACAGUCGCGGAAUCUUCGUGCAGCGUUCAAGGUUGGACGGCACUUGUUAAAAUUCAUUAUCAACGCCCGCCAACAGCAGAAGCUCAAAGAAGAGGGGAUUGGGGUCACAAAGGUCCAGCCGACAUUUAAUCGGGACCUGCACUCGAUAUUUAAGUCUCUUGAUGCCUUAAUGCGGAAUCCAUCACCGGUCCUGGUUGGAACGAAAACUCUAGUGGUGCAACACUUUCAUACAUGGCUUCCCGAGCUUACGAAUGUCCUGCCUAAAGAUGAGAUAAUCAUGAUUGCGUUGAGCUUCAUGGACUCCAGCAAGGACAUCAAGGGCAUGCUCAUCUUGUAUAAGCUUAUUUUGAUUCAAAACUACACGAGACUGGAUAUCUUCACUUCUGGUGAAGAUAGAGAUACUUUGAUAUCCUGCUGUUCUAGUUGGCUUGACCCCUACUGGGGUAAUACUGGUGAAGUCUCUGAUCAGUAUCGUGAUCAAGUACGUCUCUGUGCUUCAAUUGUGGCGGAAUUCUCGAAACAGCCCACUCCUCAGCUGUAUACAUUUAUGCAUAAAAUCACCUCAUCCUACUGUGCAGUUGUAUUAGAGGGAGUUGACGAGACUGAAUAUCUUUCCAUGCUCUAUUCUAAAUCAUUCCCGUUCCAAGUCAAGGCCGCUGAGCGCAAACAAAGGUUCGAUGAAGCACUGGUUGAGCUAGCCGGUUUGAUGGCCGCCCUGUCAAAUAUCCAGGAACCAAAGUUACCCAUUCUCAAAUUGGAGGACCUGGCGUUGUUCGUAUUCAACUCACUAGAGGCACAGAGAUCUAUAAUAAGCUGCGAAGCUUAUCCUGAGGACUGGCUAAGUCUGCACAUAUACAAUCACCGCGCCGCCGUCAAGAAUCUUGAAAUCCUAUCCUCUAUUUUGAUCCGUUCAUUCGUCCCCCAACCAGAUGAGGCUGAUCUCUUUGAUAUGAAGUUGUGGGAGCUUUUCUUCACAACUCUCUUGAAAGUUGUAUCCAGCGAUGCGCUUGCUCUAGAAACGUUUCCGGAACAAAAGCGCAGGGCAGUGUGGAAGAUUGGUGGUGACGUUCGUGAACAGGGCGCUAUACUUUUACGACACGCCUGGGAGGCGAUUGGAUGGGAGACUAGCGAAGACGAAAGAGUCAAAUAUGGACUGCACAAACUCGGUGGCUACCAGGUACAAUAUGUCCCGAGCCUUGUUCCUGGUAUCAUUGAAUUGUGCCUUAGUGUUCAUGAGGGUCUUCGCCGGGUCGCUGUGGAAGUUUUGCAGACCAUGAUCAUCAGUGAAUGGGACCUCAAUCAAGAUCUAUCCAUCAUCGAAAUGGAAAUAGUCACAAGUCUUGAUCUGAUUUUCCAGUCGAAGCAUAUGAACGAGAGUAUUACACAAAAGCUUUUUAUUUCUGAGCUGCUUGACCUUUUCGAAAAGAUCGAAGACUCCGACGAAGCUCUGGCGACCGAUGUCAAGGGCUUGAUAGGCACAAUAGAUGAACUACUUGAGUUGCUGGUAGCGUGCAACAGUGGUGGCAUCACCGAAAGUCUUCACACUUUGCGACUUAUGGAGUUCAUGAAGGAUAUGGACAGGGAGGAUAUUUUCAUACGAUACGUUCAUGAGCUGGCUCAGACUCAAGCUGCAGAGCACAACUAUACACAAGCUGGACUUGCCCUUCAAUUUCAUGCUGAUCUUUAUACAUGGGAACCGACAAGAAUGGUUCCUGCAUUAGCGAAUCCGGCAUAUCCGGAACAAUCCGCAUUUGACAGAAAGGAGGCUCUUUACUUCCAGAUCAUUCAACACUUUGAAGAUGGAAAAGCGUGGACACAUGCGCUUGCCUGCUACAAAGAACUCAUUGAACAGUACGAGCAUAUUGUCAUGGACUUUACCAAAUUGUCUCGAGCGCAGGGAUCCAUGGCCAAGAUAUAUGAAUCGAUCUCCAAGGAAGAAAAACCAUUCCCGCGGUACUUCCGUGUCUGUUAUAGAGGUCUAGGUUUCCCUCCAACUUUACGAGACAAGCAAUUUAUCUUUGAGGGGUUGCCGAACGAGCGUAUGGCGUCUUUCACGGAUCGCAUGCAGAAACUACAUCCUGCUGCGCAGUUCACAUCGUCUAGCGAAACUGAGGAUAUCGAAGGCCAAUUCCUGCAAAUCAGUAGCGUCAGUGCUCAUAGAGAGAUUAUGCAUCCCGUGUAUCAGCGUUCGAAGGUGCCCCACUCGGUUCGCGAGCACUUACUCAUAUCGGUACCUGUCCAAUUCUCCUAUACUUCCAAACGCCACACCGGUGGUUCGAAUAUAAAGGAGCAAUGGGUUGAAAAGACCAUCUUCACUACAGCGGAACCCUUCCCUAACAUCCUUCGCCGAAGUGAAAUUGUGGCUACUGAGGUGGUUGAGUUGACUCCUUUGCAGACGGCUAUUGAGCGUACAUGGCGCAAAACCCAGGAACUGCAUUUGCUCGAACAGCAUGCCAUCUCGGGAGAUGACUCGUCACUGUCAAAUUUGACAGAAGCUUUGAUACAACUUCUUGACUUGGGAGCACCCCAUUCAAGCUGCGUUGCGAUAUAUCGCCCUUUCCUGGCCAGUGAUGAUGAAAAUGAUGAAGCAAGGCAGGAAGAAGACAAUGAGACUGAGCAGAAGCCAAUUGACCCGCUAGAGAAUGCGCUUGCUGUAGCUUUGAUCGAUCACGCACUUUCGAUUAAGCGUUGUCUGUCGCUGUAUUCUCGGCCUGCUCAUCAAGCGACCCAGGUUGAACUUCUUGCUAGGUUUGAGGCCGCCUUCGGACCGGAGAUUGCGUCUUUAGCUGCAUAUACACAGACUCCUUCUCCUCCUCAAAGCGCCAAUCACUCAAGUAAUCGCUCCACUCCGCAUGCCAAUGGACAUGGUUCGGAUCUUGCUGGGCGGUCAUUCAGUCCGGAGCAGGAACUUAUACGCACGUCACGUUCUAACAGUGAACGAAGACACACCGCGAAGCCUUCUCUGAGUCAUCGUAUCAGUAUCGCUAACCCAUUCAAGAGAUCCAAUCACCAAGCAUCGGCUUCUGUUGCAACUGUCCAGCAAUCACAAGAUCUAAAACAAUUGGCCGAUGCGCAGUCUAGUUGUCAAUCUAUCAACCUUCAAGACCGUGACGAUGAUGCGGUAACAGUGCAUUCCCGUGCCACUAGCCGUGGCGGUAAAAGCGAGAAACGACGAAGCUGGUUUGGCGGUGAUGCAAAGCCAAAACAGAAAGCGACACCAUCAACAAUUGAGCCUACCGAAGAACAGGUAGACCAGCAACGCAGAGAUCGCUCACGAGCUCGCAGUUCAACGAAUAAAUCCACCAAAUCGCAUGAUGAGUUAAGUCAAUCUCGCACACGACAGAACAGACUGGAGUCGAAAAAGAGCACACCUGUCCUGCCCAGUGGUGGAUGGGACUCGGCACCAACAGCGUUACCUCGCACAUCUCAAUCUGACCAUCGUCCUAAUACGUCGGAAAUAUUCGGGUAUCCCGACAAGAGUCUCGCGGCUACAGUGACGAUAUCAGCUGGUGUCUCCAAUAACCAGAGCAACAGUAAUAAUGUCAAUAACAACGGGUCUUCGUCUUCUUCGACUUCAGGUGUUCGCGAUUCGGUGAAAAAGCGUUUCAGUCUAUUGAAGGGCAUCAACAAGAAAACAAGCCGUGCCAACGUCCGCGAUGGCGGUAAUGGCAUCCUAGCUGAGUCUUUGCGUGAGGAGUGAUUGUAUUUGUUUUCUUUCUUUCAAAUCAUAUAAUCGUUCACUUUCUAUUCCCUUCUUGAUUCAAUCGUCUUGUUCAUCAUAUUAUUUUCUUUUGAUGUCUUACAUGUUUAUUUUAGUAUUUUGAUACCAGUCUCACGGGAAAGUCGAGACACGGCGUCUUCGAUGUAUUCUCUUCGAUUUCAUUCUGAUAUAUCUAUUUGGAAAUAACUUUUUUCGACUCUGCAUGUAUAAACAAAUAGUUGUCGAAUGGUGGAUAUUCAAAUACA